GUUCAUAUAAAUUGAACUAUGCUGUCAAACCAAAAUUGGAAUGUAUCCUGUGAAAAAAGUUGGACCUACUCUACCUGCCUAGGAAAGAGCGUGAUUGAUGCCACGAGUCCGGUGUUGGAGAGAUUAGUCCGAGAAGGGUUGCUGGAAAUGGAGCGUCGAUACAGAUGAGCUGCUACCUCCAACUUACAGUAUUCCCCGUCAACCCUUAGGGUGCCUUGCUGUGGGAAUACCUCACCAAAACCUGAACUGGACCCGACUCGGCUUAGAAUCUCUCAUAAUCAACUGAAAGACUGGUAGUUAAAUUGUAAGGGCACUGAUCACUAAAGCAACCACAUCACGUAACUCCUCAAUAACUGUCUUUAGAAGUAUUAUCCAAGAUGACUCCCACCACCAUGGAGGUGGCGGACAUUGUUGUUGUGGUGCUGUACUUCAUUCUGGUCCUUGCCAUUGGCUUCUUCUCCAUGAUGAAAGCCAAUCGGAGCACUGUAAGCGGUUACUUCCUGGCCGGCCGAUCAAUGAACUGGGCUAUGAUUGGUGCCUCUCUGUUCGUCAGCAACAUCGGCAGCGAGCAUUUCAUUGGCCUUGCAGGGUCCGGGGCGGCCAGCGGGUUUGGAGUCGCCGCAUGGGAGUUCAAUGCCCUCCUGCUCCUCCAGCUCCUGGGCUGGGUGUUCAUCCCUGUUUACAUCCACUCUGGGGUCUACACAAUGCCUGAGUACCUGGCCAAGCGCUUCGGCGGCCGACGGCUCAAGGUCUACUUCGCUGCUCUGUCUCUGCUGCUCUACAUCUUCACCAAGCUCUCUGUGGACCUCUACUCCGGAGCGCUCUUCAUCCAGGAGUCACUGGGCUGGAACCUCUAUCUGUCCAUCAUCCUCCUCAUCACCAUGACUGCGCUGCUGACCGUCACAGGGGGCCUGGUUGCGGUCAUCUACACCGACACCCUCCAGGCGUUCCUGAUGAUCAGCGGCGCGCUAUGCCUAACCGCCAUUAGCCUGGUAAAAGUGGGCGGCCUGGAAGGGGUGCGGACCAAGUACAUGGAAGCCAGACCAAACAUCACAGCGAUAUUAGCAUCCUCCAACUUCACCUACAUUCCCUCCUGCCACGUGGAGCCCAAGCCCGACUCCCUGCGCAUUCUCCGGGGCCCGCUGGACCAGGACCUCCCCUGGCCGGGCUUCCUCCUGGGCCAGACUCCGGCCUCCAUCUGGUACUGGUGUGCCGACCAGGUCAUCGUCCAGCGGGUGUUAGCCGCACGGAGCAUCUCCCACGCUAAAGGCUCCACACUGAUGGCCGGCUUCCUCAAGAUCCUGCCCAUGUUCAUCAUCGUCAUUCCCGGGAUGAUCUCCCGCAUCCUGUUUGCAGAUGAGCUGGCGUGUAUCAGCCCAGAACACUGCAUGGAGGUGUGUGGAUCCAGGGCUGGGUGUUCUAACGUAGCCUACCCUCGCCUGGUGAUGUCCGUCAUGCCGGUGGGUCUGCGUGGCCUGAUGAUGGCGGUGAUGAUCGCAGCGCUCAUGAGCGACCUGGACUCCAUCUUCAACUCCGCCAGCACCAUCUUCACCUUGGACAUUUACAAAAUGGCGCGCGAGCGAGCGUCAUCGAGGGAGCUGAUGGUGGUGGGGCGUGUGUUCGUGGUGUUCAUGGUUGUUAUCAGCGUCGCCUGGGUUCCUGUCAUCAUCGAGAUGCAGGGAGGCCAGAUGUUCUACUACAUCCAGGAAGUGUCCGACUACCUGACCCCGCCCAUCGCCGCACUAUUCCUGCUGGGCGUCCUAUGGCGGCGCUGCAAUGAGACUGGUGCAUUCUGGGGUGGCAUAGUGGGGUUCGCGUUGGGCGCCACGAGACUGGUGCUUGCGUUCGUCUACAGAGAGCCCCACUGCGACGAGCCGGACGAGCGGCCAUCUUUUGUCAAGGAUGUCCAUUUCAUGUACGUGGCAGCCGGGCUGUUCUGGAUCUCAGGACUGGUGACUGUGGUGGUUAGCCUCUGCACCCCUCCACCGAGCAUAGAGCAGGUCCGCACCACUACCUUCUGGGGGCUACGCCAAAGAAACACAACCCCAAACAUAGAGAGAGACGAGGAGGAGAUGAGCAAGCUGAACCCCCAAACUCAGACCCAUGUCAAUGGGAAUGGCUGCAUGGACAAGGAGACGCCCAAAGACCUCCAUAAUGGUGUCAAUGGGGUGGAGGCUUUAUCCCAUAUGGAGGCUCCAUCUAAUCUCCAAAAUGGCGACCACCUGACCUUUUCAAGCACCGGAAUGGAGGCAGACCAAGAAGAGCCUUGGGUGGUCUGCUGUGGAGGAGGAGAGAAGGGGAGGUGUGUGAGGGUUCUAGAGUGGUUCUGUGGGUUAAAGGAGGAGCCGGUUAAGACUCCACCCAGAUCAGCCCAGGAGGAAGAGAGGCUUUUGCAGGAGAUGCUCCAGGAGACCCCCAGAACCAGACUCAUCCUCAACAUGGGCCUGGUGCUGGUCUGCUCUGUGGGGGUGUUCCUCUUCAUCUACUUCUCUCUGUAGGAGGGGAUCUCAACCUGUGACAUAUACCAUAUAGUUUAUAUGUAAUAUGUCUACUUGUGACAUCUAAAGAAGUGUUUCUUAACUUGGGUUUUGGGGUGGCCUACACUCAGAGUAGUUCCAGCCCAUUGAAUCAGCUUGAGCUGGGCUAGAACAAAAAUGUCCAACCUUGGUGGUACUCCAACCUGGACUCAGGGGUAGACGUAACAAAGGAAACGUAAAUCUAGUAUGAUAUGUUACGCUUGGUA